AUGGAAGUAAAAUUUUUGCUUUUUCUAGGAAGGAAAAUGCACAAAUUUCUAAUAUCGCUUGGCAUAUUAACUGCUCUUGCGAUCCUUCCUUGUACAUCACAUUCAGAUGAUCAUGAUAAAUUUGACAUUAAUGUGAAGAAAUGCGGUGCAGGUAGUAGUGAAUGUGAUGUCGGGUACAAAUAUGACUCUGAUGAUGGUAAUAAAAAUGGAUAUGGCACUGAUAACGGUGCCAGAAAAAGAUAUGAUAACGAUGAUAGUGCAAGAGGCGAUUAUACUAAAGGAAAAUUUGUUAAAACUGAUGGCAGAAGGAAGAAGUGCUUUUCUGCAGAAGCUUGCUACGAUCAGCGUGAACCAGAGGCUUGGUGCACGUUAAAUGAGAAUCAAUCAUGGAUAGAUAAAGGUUGCUUUUGCGACGCUAAGUUGCAUUCAUGCGUUAUUGAAAGAAAUAACAGUGGCAAGCUGGAAUACUCGUACUGUACGCCUGAAAAAGGUUGGGAUUGUUCAUACAAUGACAGAAGCACGCAAGACGGUGAAGGUGGUAAUGUUGGUGACGAGAACGUACAUAGCGAUGAACAUGAUGCUGAAAGAGGAUAUGAUGGUGAUGAUAGUGCAAGAAGUGAUUAUGUAAAAAGAAAAUUUGUCGAAACUGAUGGCAAAAAGAAAGGGUGCUUUUCUGCAAAAGAUUGCUACGACCAACGUGAACCAGAAGCUUGGUGCAUACUGCAAAAGAAUCAAUCAUGGACAUACAGAGGUUGCUUUUGCGACUCUAAAUUGCAUUCAUGCGUAAUCGAAAGAAAAAACAGUGGCAGACUGGAAUACUCGUAUUGUGUACCUGAAGAAGGUUGGAAGUGUUCAUACAGUGAUGUCAGUGAUGGUGGCAAAUAUAACGGUAAUAACGGUGCCGGAAGCAGUGAAAGUCGCACCAGAAGCAUAUAUCGCAUUGAAAGUCGUGCUGGGGGACAACAUCGCAGCGAAAGUGGUGCCAGAAGCGUAUAUCGCGGUGAAAGCCGUGUUAAAGGGAAACAUCGCAAUCGCAGUGAAAGCUUUGCCGCAGGAGCACAUCGCAGUGAAAGUCGUGCUGGAGGAAUACAUCGCAGCGAAAGUCGUGCCGGAAGCGUAUAUCGCGGUGAAAGCCGUGUUGAAGAGAAACAUCGCAAUCGCAGUGAAAGUAGUGUUGAAGGCGUAUAUAGCAGUGAAAGUCGUGCCGGAAGCGUAUAUCGUAGUGAAAGCCGUGCCGGAGGAGAAAAACACAAUAAAAAUCGUGGUGGAAACAUAUAUCGCAUUGAAAGUCGUGCUGGGGAACAACAUCGCAGCGAAAGUCGUGCCGGAAGCGUAUAUCGCAGUGAAAAUUUUACUGCAGAAGAACAUCGCAGUGAAAGUUUUGCCGCAGGAGCACAUCGCAGUGAAAGUCGUGCUGGAGGAAAACAUCGCAGCGAAAGUCGUGCUGGAAGCGUAUAUCGUAGUGAAAGCCGUGGAAAACAUCACAGUGAAAAUUUUGCCGCAGAAGAACAUCGCAGUGAAAGUUUUGCCGCAGGAGCACAUCGCAGUGAAAGUCGUGCUGGAGGAAUACAUCGCAGCGAAAGUCGUGCCGGAAGCGUAUAUCGCGGUGAAAGCCGUGUUGAAGAGAAAUAUCGCAAUCGCAGUGAAAGUAGUGCUGCAGAAGAACAUCGCAGUGAAAGUAUAUAUAGCAGUGAAAGUCGUGCCGGAAGCGUAUAUCGCAGUGAAAGCCGUGCCGGAGGAGAAAAUCACAAUAAAAAUCGUGGUGGAAGCAUAUAUCGCAUUGAAAGUCGUGCUGAGGGAGAACAUCGCAGCGAAAGUCGUGGUAGAAGCGUAUAUCGUAGUGAAAGCCGUGGAAGACAUCGCAGUGAAAAUUUUGCUGCGGAAGAACAUCGCAGUGAAAGUAGUGCUGAAGGCGUAUAUCGCAGUGAAAGUCGUGACGAAAGCGUACAUCGCAUUGAAAGCCGUGCCGGAGGAGAAAAAUACAAUAAAAAUCGUGGUGGAAACAUAUAUCGCAUUGAAAGUCGUGCUGGGGGACAACAUCGCAGUGAAAGUCGUGCCGGAAGCGUAUAUCGCAGUGAAAGCCGUGCUGAAGGGAAACAUCGCAAUCGCAGUGAAAGUCGUGUUGAAGGCGUAUAUCGCAGUGAAAGUCGUGUUGAAGGGAAACAUCGCAAUCGCAGUGAAAGUAGUGUUGAAGGCGUAUAUAGCAGUGAAAGUCGUGCCGGAAGCGUAUAUCGUAGUGAAAGCCGUGGAAAACAUCGCAGUGAAAAUUUUGCUGCAGAAGAACAUCGCAGUGAAAGUUUUGCCGGAGGAGCACAUCUUAGUGAAAGUGGUGUUGGAAACGUAUAUAGCAGUGAAAGUCGUGCCGGAAGCGUACAUCGCAUUGAAAGCCGUGCUGGAGGGGAACAUCAUGCUGAAAGUCGUAGUGGAAGCACAUAUCGCAGUGAAAGUCGUGCUGGAAGUACAUACAACAGUGAAAGUAGUGCCGGCGGAGAAAAUAGCAGUGAAAAUCAUGUAGGAGAAAAGUAUCGCAUUGGAAGCUUUACCGGACGUUAUAGUAGUAAUACAGCGGUAACAGAACAACAUGACAAUGGAUGUGUUGGCGGUGAAUGCAAAAAGAGUAGUGCCCUGCAUGAGCAUGACAGUGGUGUAGGAGAUGAAUACAACGGUAACAGUAGUGACAAGAAACAAACCGCUGUUGGUGAAUAUAAAGGUAAUAGCAGUGUCGGAGACUAUGGAGGUGAUACUGAUGACAUGAGCGCUUACAGCAAUGAAAGUGGUGCCGAAGGAGAAUUUACUGCAAAUGUAGCGACAACAGAUGAAUAUAGUAAUGAAAGUAGUGUCGGAGGCACAUAUUACAAUAAGAGUGGUGUCGUAAAUGAAUAUGACGGUGAUGUAAGGAAUGAAUAUGGCGGUAACAGCAGUAUUCGAGACACAUAUGGAGGUGAUAGUGGUGACAUGGCUGGAUACGGCAAUGAAAGUCGUGCUGGAGGAGAAUACAGUAGUGAAAGUCGUACCGAGGCAGAAUAUGGUCAUGAAAAUCAUGCCGGAGAAGAACAUGGUAGUGAAAGUCGUAUCGAGGCAGAAUAUGGUCGUGAAAGUCAUGCCGGAGAAGAACAUGGUAGUCAAAGUCGUAUCGAGGCAGAAUAUGGCAAUGAAAGUCAUGCCGGAGAAGAACAUGGUAGUCAAAGUCGUAUCGAGGCAGAAUAUGGCAAUGAAAGUCAUGCCGGAGAAGAACAUGGUAGUCAAAGUCGUAUCGAGGCAGAAUAUGGUCGUGAAAGUCAUGCCGGAGAAGAACAUGGUAGUCAAAGUCGUAUCGAGGCAGAACAUGGUCGUGAAAGUCAUGCCGGAGAACAACAUGAUAGUCAAAGUCGUAUCGAGGCAGAAUAUGGUCGUGAAAGUCAUGCCGGAGAAGAACAUGGUAGUCAAAGUCGUAUCGAGGCAGAAUAUGGUCGUGAAAGUCAUGCCGGAGAAGAACAUGGUAGUGAAAGUCGUAUCGAGGCAGAAUAUGGCAAUGAAAGUCAUGCCGGAGAAGAACAUGGUAGUGAAAGUCGUAUCGAGGCAGAAUAUGGUCGUGAAAGUCAUGCCGGAGAAGAACAUGGUAGUGAAAGUCGUAUCGAGGCAGAAUAUGGUCGUGAAAGUCAUGCCGGAGAAGAACAUGGUAGUCAAAGUCGUAUCGAGGCAGAAUAUGGUCGUGAAAGUCAUGCCGGAGAAGAACAUGGUAGUCAAAGUCGUAUCGAGGCAGAACAUGGUCGUGAAAGUCAUGCCGGAGAACAACAUGGUAGUCAAAGUCGCAUCGAGGCAGAAUAUGGUCGUAGAAAUCAUGCCGGAGAAGAACAUGGUAGUGAAAGUCGUAUCGAGGCAGAAUAUGGUCGUGAAAGUCAUGCCGGAGAAGAACAUGGUAGUCAAAGUCGUAUCGAGGCAGAAUAUGGCAAUGAAAGUCAUGCCGGAGAAGAACAUGGUAGUCAAAGUCGUAUCGAGGCAGAAUAUGGUCGUGAAAGUCAUGCCGGAGAAGAACAUGGUAGUCAAAGUCGUAUCGAGGCAGAAUAUGGUCGUGAAAGUCAUGCCGGAGAAGAACAUGGUAGUCAAAGUCGUAUCGAGGCAGAAUAUGGUCGUGAAAGUCAUGCCGGAGAAGAACAUGGUAGUCAAAGUCGUAUCGAGGCAGAACAUGGUCGUGAAAGUCAUGCCGGAGAAGAACAUGGUAGUCAAAGUCGUAUCGAGGCAGAAUAUGGUCGUGAAAGUCAUGCCGGAGAAGAACAUGGUAGUCAAAGUCGUAUCGAGGCAGAAUAUGGUCGUGAAAGUCAUGCCGGAGAAGAACAUGGUAGUCAAAGUCGUAUCGAGGCAGAAUAUGGCGUGAAAGUCAUGCCGGAGAAGAACAUGGUAGUCAAAGUCGUAUCGAGGCAGAAUAUGGUCGUGAAAGUCAUGCCGGAGAAGAACAUGGUAGUCAAAGUCGUAUCGAGGCAGAAUAUGGUCGUGAAAGUCAUGCCGGAGAAGAACAUGGCAGAACAUGGUCGUGAAAGUCAUGCCGGAGAAGAACAUGGUAGUCAAAGUCGUAUCGAGGCAGAAUAUGGUCGUGAAAGUCAUGCCGGAGAAGAAAAUGGUAGUCAAAGUCGUAUCGAGGCAGAACAUGGUCGUGAAAGUCAUGCCGGAGAAGAACAUGGUAGUCAAAGUCGUAUCGAGGCAGAAUAUGGCAAUGAAAGCCAUGCCGGAGAAGAACAUGGUAGUCAAAGUCGUAUCGAGGCAGAAUAUGGUCGUGAAAGUCAUGCCGGAGAAGAACAUGGUAGUCAAAGUCGUAUCGAGGCAGAAUAUGGCAAUGAAAGCCAUGCCGGAGAAGAACAUGGUAGUCAAAGUCGUAUCGAGGCAGAACAUGGUCGUGAAAGUCAUGCCGGAGAAGAACAUGGUAGUCAAAGUCGUAUCGAGGCAGAAUAUGGUCGUGAAAGUCAUGCCGGAGAAGAACAUGGUAGUCAAAGUCGUAUCGAGGCAGAAUAUGAACAUGGUCGUGAAAGUCAUGCCGGAGAAGAACAUGGUAGUCAAAGUCGUAUCGAGGCAGAAUAUGGUCGUGAAAGUCAUGCCGGAGAAGAACAUGGUAGUCAAAGUCGUAUCGAGGCAGAAUAUGGCAAUGAAAGCCAUGCCGGAGAAGAACAUGGUAGUCAAAGUCGUAUCGAGGCAGAACAUGGUCGUGAAAGUCAUGCCGGAGAAGAACAUGGUAGUCAAAGUCGUAUCGAGGCAGAAUAUGGCGAUGAAAGUCAUGCCGGAGAAGAACAUGGUAGUCAAAGUCGUAUCGAGGCAGAAUAUGGCAAUGAAAGCCAUGCCGGAGAAGAACAUGGUAGUCAAAGUCGUAUCGAGGCAGAAUAUGGUCGUGAAAGUCAUGCCGGAGAAGAACAUGGUAGUCAAAGUCGUAUCGAGGCAGAAUAUGGCAAUGAAAGCCAUGCCGGAGAAGAACAUGGUAGUCAAAGUCGUAUCGAGGCAGAAUAUGGCAAUGAAAGCCAUGCCGGAGAAGAACAUGGUAGUCAAAGUCGUAUCGAGGCAGAAUAUGGUCGUGAAAGUCAUGCCGGAGAAGAACAUGGUAGUCAAAGUCGUAUCGAGGCAGAAUAUGGCAAUGAAAGCCAUGCCGGAGAAGAACAUGGUAGUCAAAGUCGUAUCGAGGCAGAAUAUGGUCGUGAAAGUCAUGCCGGAGAAGAACAUGGUAGUCAAAGUCGUAUCGAGGCAGAAUAUGGCAAUGAAAGUCAUGCCGGAGAAGAACAUGGUAGUCAAAGUCGUAUCGAGGCAGAAUAUGGCAAUGAAAGCCAUGCCGGAGAAGAACAUGGUAGUCAAAGUCGUAUCGAGGCAGAAUAUGGUCGUGAAAGUCAUGCCGGAGAAGAACAUGGUAGUCAAAGUCGUAUCGAGGCAGAAUAUGGUCGUGAAAGUCAUGCCGGAGAAGAACAUGGUAGUCAAAGUCGUAUCGAGGCAGAAUAUGGCCAGAUGAAAGUCAUGCCGGAGAAGAACAUGGCAGAAUAUGGUCGUGAAAGUCAUGCCGGAGAAGAACAUGGUAGUCAAAGUCGUAUCGAGGCAGAAUAUGGUCGUGAAAGUCAUGCCGGAGAAGAACAUGGUAGUCAAAGUCGUAUCGAGGCAGAAUAUGGCAAUGAAAGUCAUGCCGGAGAAGAACAUGGUAGUCAAAGUCGUAUCGAGGCAGAACAUGGUCGUGAAAGUGGUGCCGGAGAUAAAUAUGAGAGUGAUAGUGAUGUUGGAGGAAUGUACGGCAGUGAAGUUAGUGCUGCAAGCGAAUACGCAAGUGACAAUAGUGCCAGUGAUGAACAUGCUGGUGACAGUAGUACCAGAGGCAAAUUCACGAAAGGAGGAUUUGUUGAAAGUGACGGCAGAAGGAAGGAGUGCUUUUCUGCAGAAGCUUGCUACGAUCAGCGUGAACCAGAGGCUUGGUGCAGGUUAAAUGAGAAUCAGUCAUGGACAGACAAAGGUUGCUUUUGCGACACUCAUUUGCAUUCAUGCGUUAUUGAAAGAUGGAAUAGUGGCAGACUGGAAUAUUCGUAUUGUGUGCCGGAAGAGGGCUGGAAGUGUUCAUAG